ACAUGUGGGGACAGCCAGCCGGUUAGUUCGCCGCCUGCAACGCGUAUCGGUUGGUUCGUAUUUGUAGGCAGUCUUUCCAGUAGUUUGUUUCUUGCUCGUAUCUUGGCUUCAGCACUUUGCUGGCCCGUUUCGUUCUUUUUUAAUAUCGGACACCCAUGUACCAAGUGCUCCAUUCUUUGAUCGGACGGUAUAGCACCGUUACAUUUCUCGUCGGAACAUUUUUCAAUUCUAAUUGUCUCACUUUUAGUUGAACAAAUUAUUAUGAUUCGAGUGAUCAUCGACAUCAUUGAAAUUUCGGACUACCCGGCUCCGGCUUGACGGCUUUCUGAACCUACCGAUUAGUCAAUUUAUCUCCUGGAAGCGGUUCCGGCUCGAAAAGAGAAUUGCAGAGUACAAUUGUUGGGGAACUUACCAUUGGAAUAGAAGAUUUCUAGGAUAUUAAAAUGGUAGUCGCUGAGAACGAGGAUUCGAAGCAAGCUUCGAACUCUGACCUGAGCAAUGCAAGCUCUAAUGCAAAAUGCGAAUCAAACGAUCGUUCUUAUGAGCAGCAAAAUGAUGUCAAUUUGCAUAAAAAAAACCGUAGUAUCACAAACGAAAACAAUUCUUUACUACUUGAUGCUAGUCAGGUACAGCCUGAGAUUUUAGGAGUUGAAAACAUGAUCAAAGCGCAGAAAGUGAAUGGCCUUAUAAACGAAAAUGAUAAGGGAAAGUCUGGAGUAGAGGAUCUGGAAAAUAGCCCUUGUAAUGGAAAGGAUGAUCCACCGGAUGGAGGAGCAAGGGCCUGGUUGAUUAUGAUCGGAAGCUUUAUCAUCAACGGAGUGCUUUUCAGUGUCAUCAAUAGCUACUCUGUCAUUUACGGAGAAUUAAAUGAAAAUAUGAAACGUGAUGGAAUAAAUGACACUGCGUCAAAAGCUUCUCUUGUGGGAUCAUUGCAACUUGGCACGACAUUUUGCAUGUCGCCUCUUGCUGGAAUUCUCACAAAUAAAAUUGGAAUUCAGAUGACAACUUUUUUGGGAGGCCUUAUUGCAACUUUGGGGAUGUUUCUUUCUUCAUUUUUUCUGGACACGGUUGAAUGCCUGUACUUGACAUAUGGCAUUAUGUACGGAGUAGGAGCGAGUUUAGCCUACGCACCCAGUUUAGUAAUUCUAGGACACUAUUUUAAGCGUUAUUUGGGACUUGUGAAUGGAAUAGUCACCGCGGGAAGUUCCAUUUUCACUAUUGUUAUGCCAUACCUGAUGAAGCAUCUACUUAAAGAAUUCGGGUUAAAAGUUCUUGUAAUAAGCUUAGGCUCCUUGACUUGCAUUGUUAUGGCAUGCGCUUGUCUGUUCAAACCAGUUUCUAAGCCCCUUUCACCAGUUGCUGAGAAACCGAAAAAGGUACAUCAGGUAACAUUUUGUGAAAAGCUUAAAGGGAUGGUUAACUUAUCUAUUCUAAAAAGAAAGCGAUAUCUGAUAUGGGCGAGUGCUAUGCCUAUCGCUCUCCUCGGAUAUCAGACGCCAUACAUUCACGUAGGGAAAUUUGUAGAAACGCAUUUUGGCAAGGACGCCAAUCAGGCGGCACCAAUCAUGUGUCUUGGUGUCACUUCUGGAAUUGGUCGUCUGAUAUUUGGAUAUAUUGCAGAUUUACCGCGUGUAAAUAGAAUACUAUUGCAACAGAUCUCUUUCAUGUGUUUGGGAUCUCUGAUGAUGCUCAUGGCGUUUACUUCAUCCUAUACAGUUUUAAUAAUAAUUUAUCUCUGUAUGGGUUUAUUUGAUGGAUGUUUUAUAUCCCUCUUGGGUCCCAUCGCUUUCGAAAUUUGCGGUCAGAAAGACGCAACAUCUGCCAUUAGUUUCUUAUUGGGGCUAUGUGCUUUACCUGUGACGAUUGGAUCUUUGUUUGCUGGAUAUCUUUACGAUCGUUCAAAUUCUUACAGCUUGACAUUUGUUUUAAGUGGUGUGCCAUCGAUUGUAGCAGCUUUAGCCAUGUUUGCAGUGAGGUUUGUGAAAGAAGACCCAGUUUUAGAUUCUGUAGAUCCAGCCGGGCAGUCCUUGACCACCCCAGCUUGGAUAAAUGAUAAUUCAAAACCAGUGCCAAAUUCAGGAGUCAACGGAGCAGAAACAAAAACAGAAGAGAAAGAGCUAGAAGAUUUUCACUGCAACGGUUCUGCACCUGUCUCUGCGUAGAAAAACAAAUAAUUCUUUACUUAAGAAAAGUGAACUUUUACUCGCGAUGGAGUGCCUUGACAGUGAGUACAAAAAAUAAACGGUUUUGUAAAACAAGUGCCAUGAUUUAUCAUCAAGGAAUAGUAACAUAAAAAUGCAAUAAUGAAUUAAUGAGACUGCGAGAAAAGCGGAAGAUUUGUAAUAUCCAUUCGUCCGCAUCUUUCGACAUUCCCACCUUUUUACUGUUUUUCCUUACUAGAAAAAAGAUAUAGACUGCAUUAAAUUAUUCUCAAAUAUGUUUUACCUGAGACUUUAAAGGCUAGCGACUAUUAUUUCCAUUUUUUUAGAUUCAAGCUGUAAACAAAUUUAUUUACAUCACUAUAAAACCAAAACAAUACAGGGAUAAUAUUUAUAGGAGCGUUUGCUGUGCAGAGUUCCCCCUUUUAGAAUGAAAGAAAUUAUAUUUUUUUAUUAAAAAGAAUCACCUUAAUUUAAUUUGAAGGGCUUUUUUAGAGCUGUAUUUCGUGUAAAAAUUUUAUCCAUAAUAUAUUUUAUACAUAUAAUUUAUAAACCAUCUGACGAGAAAUAAAACUUUGACGAGUACUUAAGUCACCUUUUUCACAUUACGCAUUUGCUAAUUGUAGCCUCAAAUAUCGUAAAUGUUUGGAUGUUUUCAAGAAUAUAAAUAUUAAAUCUCGGUUUAGAAAAAGAAAUCCAUUUUUAGUUUACUGAUUAAGUAAAUAAAGAGAAAUUGCAUAUCAAAUUUCAUCUAAAAAUAAUUAAUUACAUAUCAAUAAAUUAAAAAUUUUAAAUUCGAUGGUAUUUUGAUUUUGUUUAAAAAAAAGAGAUUGUGCUAAUGAGUCACCAAAUUAAAAUGUUUCAGUAGAUAAAAAUAUGAUUAAUUAGAUUAACCGAAAAUGGCGUUAUUGCAAUUAGUGACUUAUCACCAUGUUAUUGUUACUUUCAUCUUUUCCGUCACGUGGCUUUAUCUUUUAUCAGAAGUUUUAAGUUCAAGAUAAUUAAUUCAAGUAAAUGUGAUUUAAUACUUUUUUAAUCUUCGCAAUAAUGACGAUAAAUGUUUGAAAUGUAAUUUUAUUGAUUUAUUAAUUUUGACUGAUACAAGAAUAUGAUCAAUAAUGAAUAUUUAUUUCAAAAUGUUUUGAUUAAAUAUAUCAUGUAAAAAUGCCAUUAAAGAUGUGUCAUUACAUUAGAAGGAUCCUAAAGAAAGGUAGUUGCGUCUAACAUAUUCUACAUCAAAAAUAAUGUUUUACAAUCAAAUCAAUUUUUGUGGGUAUAUUAAUGUUUAUUUUAACAAUUUCUUGUCCUAUCAAUGCAUAAUUUUUAAUACUCUCUCAUUUUCCUUUUAACUAAGGAGAAAAUACCUUUUAGAAUAGAUUUAGAGUUGUUUUGAUUAAUUGUAACAUUGCUCAAAAUAUAAUUCAUUUAUAACUCACGCUACUCCUCAAGCAUUGAUAGGUUCAAUUAAAAUGGAGCCAGAAACUGUUUGGAUAGGAUUUUGAGUAACUAUUAAUAGUUUUCAAUAAAGUACUUACCGUAAAAAAAUUAGUUAUUUUUUUCUCGAUAUAGUUUGUAGGAUGCAUAAUAAAAAGUUGAAUUUUUUAAUUUUGCAAACGCUAUCCCCUACAUUCCUUCCUUUUGGUGAAAAAUACUGCCAUAUUUUUUAAAUAAUUGUGUAAAGGUUCUGCUAGGCCUUUAUAAGUUUGAAAAUGUAUGUUUAGUUUUCGAUGUUUGAAAAGAAAUUUAAGAAUGAAAAAGUCUUUCACUUUGGAAAGUAUUUGUUAUUUAUUGAGGAAUAGGUCCCAAAUUCUAUGAGGCAAAACAAAAAAUAUUAUUGAAGAUAUUAUCGGACUUAGAAUACGAAUAACGACUAAAUUAUAAAUAUUUAUACUGGGGAAAAAAUAAAUAUUGAAUUUCGAAAUUCUCCAAAAAAUCCACAUUUUCCUUCAAAAUGUAUGAUGUAAACUAGUUAAUUAAUGUCGAUUUUGGCACAAUUUUUCCUUUUUAUUCAUAUAUAUUCUUAUUCAUAUCAAUUCUUAUUUUCAGGAAAAUUUUAGGGGGUAGUUUUCGCAAAAUUCAACUUUUUAUUGGGCACCUUACAAAUUAUAUUAUAAAAUACUGGCAGUAAAGUAUCGUGAAACGUAAUUUAGAGAUAUGUCGAGAAAAAAACAGCAAAGAUUUCAUGGUAAGUGGUUUUAGGAUCUACGAAUAGUCACAUAAAAACGUAUCCAAACAGUUUUUGGAUCCAUUUUCAUUAACCCUAUCGAUGCUUGAGGAGCACUGUCAAUUGUAUAGUAUUUUAAAUCAUUUUCUGUGCCAUCUUCUAAACUUCCAGAAUUUCAGUGUGAGGCUUGAAAUAUUUUCUAUGUGAAAAAUGUAGGUUAUAUUUAAGUUAAAUUCUUAAUCUUCCACUUUUUUAGUAUGCUUAAAAAUAAAAAGAGUAGUUAGAUUUUUACUACGGAACCAGUUUUCUGAUUUAAUUAUUGGCUGUGUCGUGUCGUCUUGAAAAAUUAGGGGAGUUGGAAAAGGGGAUGGAUUAGUCAUUCCGAAUAUUUGGGACGACUAGCCAAACUUGUGAAAAAUAUUCGACAUAUCCCGAAUUGAAAUAUUUUUUUGCAUCUCUUUAUAAUUCUUAGAGAAAUAAUUUUAUCUAUAAAAUGGGUUUGAUCAGGUCUCUAAUGUUAAUUAUGAUAUUUAUUUUGAAUUCGGAGAUUUGGUAUAUUAUGGCCUAAUAAAAGCUGCGAAUUUUUCCUCAUAUUGGAAAUAAAAGUUAUUGCGUUUGCUCUAUAAAGAAUUUCAUACGUGUAUAACAAUCAUUUUUGUUUGAGAACAGUUUAUACAUUCAACCUAUAAUCAUGAUUAUCGAAAUAAUUUGAUAUAAUUUAAUCGCCUAUUUAUUUUACGAAAAAUAAUUAUGUGUCCAUAUACCAGAUAUUCGUAUUGUCAAAGUCAAUUGUAUUUGUUUAGUCAUUGACGAAAUAUUAGAGCCUUUUCAACUGCCUUAACAUUGAUGUAUUAGCUUAAUGAAGAUUGAACACUUCAGUCAAUUUAUUUCAAGAACUCAAAGUCAAUCCUGCCCGCCAAUUUAAUUGCAUGGUUCAUUACAUUUUCCUAAACAUUAUAUAAUUAUGAAAGAAUUUUAUCAGACAAUAUGCGAAUUGUUUAAAUGAUAUAAAUGUCAAAAAUUAUGUAUGAGCGAAUAUUUUAGUAUGUUACUGAAUAGAAAUGAUAAAAAUCAGUGUUAUUAUAUUGUACAUUGUUUAAUGUUUUUCUGAUUCACGAUAAAAUGUUGUUAAAGAAAUAUAAAAUUAUUGGUGUAAUUAGACAAGACCUAGUUCCAGCAAAAGCGAAAUAUGUGUGUGUGUGUGUGUGCUCAACGUACACAUUAAUUAGAAAAGAUUUUGAUUAAAUAUUUUGCGCUCGACUUGGAGAAUAGAAUUAUAUUUGAAAAACUUUCUAGUCAAAACGUUUAUUCCGAAUGAAUUUAUAAUUUGAGAAAGUAAGCUGCAAAGAAAAGAUAGAAACUUAACAUUGCUAUUCUGAUAGAAAUACAUAAUAAGGAUGAUAAAAGAUAUUUUUGAUAUUCCAGUAUUCGCGUCUAAUGUAAGCUUGCUGCUAUGAAAUAUUCGUUUUGACUAGAGUGAAGCUCGACAUUGUCUAUAAUAACUUCUUUCUUAAGUGUAAGCAUCAGAAAGUGUCAAGUAACUUCCUGGAAAUAUUUUUGUAUGUGUCUCAGCUGAUUGCAUUUUUAGUAGAAUGGAAAUACAAAAUAUAAAAAUAUAAAA